AUGCAAAUCCAGCCAUUAGAGCAGAUGUUCUCAAAGUGGAGUCCAGGGACUUCUGUGGAGUCCCCAGGUUUGAGAACCACUCUGCAGAAUGUGAACAAACGGAACCUCCUGAGGCUCGCCCCUGGUGGUCACGUUGGACGCUUCUGCAUCUGGACCGAUGUUUUCUGCAAGCUGGAUGAGCUGUACGGCACCUGGCGCAAACUUCCCUCCCUGAAGGUUGUCUACAACCUGCCGAUGCACAAGAUGACCAACACGGAUCUGAGCAGGAUUCUGAAGAGUGAGGAGAUCCAGAAAGCACUUCGCACACCUAACAAGAAGAUCAAUCGCAGAGUCCUGAAGGUUGUCUACAAGUGAGUAUUUAAGGAGCAAGCACACCGUAGCACACACAUAAAACUGAUCAAAUGACAGUGAUGAGCUUCCACUUCAGGUCCGUGUUUUUGAAACAAUUUGAUAUUUACCGAAGUUCUGAG